AUGGACGAUAGUAAAAUCGCCUUGUGUUUUGUGCUAAUUUCAUUAUAUACCGCAAAAGUCCAGUGUAUCAAUGGUACAGCAUCAUCGCUUACCGGCUUUGGCUUCGAAGUGUUAGCAGCUAAACUUGAGCACCUGCAGGACAAGCUUCUCGAGACUGAGCAGAAGCUAUCCAAAGCCAUCAAUCAGCAGGAUCGCACGAUCGAGCGUCAGCUAGCCGCACUGCAGGCGCAGUUGCACAAGACGCUCUCCCUGCAGACAGCCUGGGCACAACAAGGGAAGUUGUGGAACGAUAUUCAAGCCCUAUCAUCAAAGGAAGAUAUAGAAUGGUUUAAGCUUAGCUCAGGGCUAGAGCUGGCCAGCAUCUCGUCGCGCUCGUGCAAGGCGGCUGGGCAGGAGCAGUCGGGAAAAUUCUUAAUACAGCCUACGGCGCAUGAUGAACCAUUCUUGGGAUAUUGUGUUCAACAGCCCAAUUUCGGAAGUGGUUGGUUAGUUUUUCAACAUCGUAACAACGAACGGAUGAACUUUAACCGCAACUGGAGCGAGUAUCGGAACGGGUUUGGAAGAGUUGAUGGUGAGUUCUGGUUUGGGCUGGAGCAUUUGCAUCGGUUGACUUCGGCCAGACAGUACGAGCUGUUGGUGGAGCUGAAAUAUGCUUUAGGAAACUCCGUGCAUGCACGGUAUAGUGCGUUCGAGAUCGGCAGUGAGGCUGAGCUGUAUUCGUUGAAGAAGCUUGGGCAUUACACAGGAACGGCACACGACUUAAUGAGCAGUCACAAACAAGGACCACCUGGCAAUCUUAGCGGAAGCAUUACGGUUCUUAAGGGUUUCAACUAG